UUAACCUAAAAUCAAAUCUUUUCCAACAAUAGUGAACCUUUAUAUUUUCUAAAAAAAACAGAAACUAUUGCAUUAUUAGUAAUCUUGAAAGGUUUCCUUAAUCAAUAUCACCAUGGUAAAGAAAAAAAGAGAAUUUGAACAGAGUAAAGAAGAACGUAUGGUUAUGACUAUUGGAGAAAUUAUACAAGAACUAUUGAAAGCACAUGAACAAAACAGAGAUAUUGAUUUAAACAAAUUAAAAACACGUAUUGCUUCUAAAUAUGGCUUAGUAAACUCACCAAGAUUGGUUGAUAUUAUAGCAGCUGUACCUGCAGAUGUCAGAAAUAUAUUAAUACCAAAAUUAAAAGCAAAACCUAUUAGAACAGCCAGUGGUAUAGCUGUUGUCGCUGUAAUGUGCAAACCUCACAGAUGUCCUCAUAUCAACAUGACAGGAAAUAUUUGUGUAUAUUGUCCUGGUGGACCAGACUCCGAUUUUGAAUAUUCCACACAAUCUUAUACUGGUUAUGAACCUACUUCGAUGAGAGCUAUUAGAGCAAGGUAUAAUCCAUUUCUGCAAACCAGACAUCGUGUGGAACAGCUGAAACAAUUGGGACAUAGUGUAGAUAAAAUUGAAUUUAUCGUUAUGGGAGGAACUUUUAUGUCUCUACCAGAAGAUUACAGAGAUUACUUUAUUCGAAACUUGCAUGAUGCUCUAUCUGGACAUGUGAGCAGCAAUGUGGACGAGGCGGUAAAAUUUUCUGAACGAAGUCGCACAAAGUGUAUUGGUAUCACUAUAGAAACACGCCCUGAUUAUUGUCUUAAAAAACACCUUUCCGAUAUGUUACGUUAUGGGUGUACUCGUUUAGAAAUUGGAGUACAGUCUGUAUAUGAAGAUGUAGCACGAGAUACAAACAGAGGGCAUACUGUUCGCGCUGUCUGCGAAAGUUUUCAAUUAUCGAAAGAUGCUGGUUUUAAAGUGAUAGCACAUAUGAUGCCAGAUUUACCAAAUGUCGAUAUUGAAAGGGAUAUUAAUCAAUUCAUUGAAUUUUUUGAGAAUCCUGCUUUCAGGGCAGAUGGUUUGAAAAUUUAUCCAACGUUAGUUAUACGUGGUACGGGUUUAUACGAAUUAUGGAAAACUGGAAGAUACAAAAGCUAUCCUCCUAGCGUUUUGGUGGAUCUUAUAGCUCGAAUAUUGGCUCUGAUACCACCUUGGACUCGUAUAUAUCGUGUACAAAGAGAUAUACCUAUGCCUUUAGUCAGCUCGGGCGUAGAACAUGGAAAUUUACGUGAGUUGGCAUUAGCAAGAAUGAAAGAUCUUGGAAUUGAUUGCCGCGAUGUUAGAACUCGAGAAGUAGGUAUUCAAGAAAUACAUCAUAAAGUAAAACCUUAUGAAGUAGAACUUGUACGUCGUGAUUAUGUUGCCAAUGGUGGCUGGGAAACAUUCUUAUCUUAUGAAGAUCCCAUGCAAGAUAUUUUGGUUGGUUUGUUAAGACUGAGGAAGUGUUCAAAUGAUACCUUCAGGCCAGAACUUAAAGGCAAAUGCUCCAUAGUGAGAGAGCUUCACGUAUAUGGUAGUGUUGUUCCAGUAAACACUCGCGAUCCUACGAAAUUUCAACAUCAAGGAUUUGGAAUGUUACUAAUGGAGGAAGCUGAACGAAUAGCGAGAGAGGAACAUGGAUCUGACAAAAUUGCUGUCAUAUCAGGUGUCGGAACAAGGAAUUAUUACCGGAAAAUGGGAUAUGAACUUGAUGGCCCGUAUAUGUCUAAAAUGUUUAUAUCUUGCAAAUAAAUAUCAUUCUUUUUAUGUAAUAAAAAA